GUCUAUAUAUAUAAUUCGUAUUUGUUUUAUAUCAAAUGAUGAAUCCUACAGCCGUACUGAUUCGCCAUCUUUUCACCUCUUUAAUGAGUUUUUCUUUUCUCCCUUUUUUAUUAACUUCACUUUCUUUCUUCUUCCUCUUCUGAAAACCCAACUCUAGAAGAAAGCUCAGUUCUUUCUUUACUUUUUUUUUCUGAUUUUGUUGGUGUUGUCUUCUUCUACUACUUCUUCUUUAACAAUGCAGAGCAGCUUCAAGACCGUUCCUUUCAACCCUGAUUUCUACUCUCAGUCCUCUUACUUCUUCAGAGGAGAUAGUUGUCUUGAAGAUUUUCAUCAACCAGUCAAUGGGUUUCACCAUGAUGAACCUAUCGAUUUAAGUCCAAAUGUCACUAUUGCUUCGGCCAACUUACACUACACGACGUUUGAUACGGUAAUGGAGUGUGGUGGCUUGAGGGAGAGGCUUGAAAGAGAAGAUGAGUGUUUGGAUACAGAGCAGUUAGUGUACCAGAAAGAGACAAGGUUAGUAGGAGGAGGAGGAGGAGGAGGAGGAGGAGGUGAAGUGAACAUCAGUUUAGAGAAUUGGUGUGAUUCGGUUUCAGCUAUGGCUGAUAACAGUCAACAUACUGACACUUCCACAGAUAUUGAUACUGAUGACAAGACUCAGUUAAAUGGAGUUCGACAAGGGAUGGUUUUGGCUACAAAUUGUUCAGAUCAAUCCAAGGUGAAAUCUAGUGAACAAAGGACACUUCGUCGACUAGCUCAGAACCGGGAAGCUGCUAGGAAAAGUCGACUAAGGAAAAAAGCAUAUGUUCAGCAACUUGAGAAUAGUCGAAUCAGGCUUGCGCAGCUGGAAGAAGAGCUUAAACGAGUUCGCCAACAGGGAAAUUUGGCUGAGAGUGGAGUUACAGCGGAUCACACGCAUUUGGCAGCUGGAAAUGGUGCCUUUUCAUUUGAAUUGGAAUAUACACGUUGGAAAGAGGAACAUCAAAGACUGAUCAACGACUUAAGAUCGGGUGUGAAUUCACAGUUAGGUGACAACGAGCUUCGCGUGCUAGUCGAUGCUGUCAUGAGUCACUACGAUGAAAUAUUCAGGCUAAAGGGCAUUGGCACUAAAGUUGAUGUCUUUCAUAUGCUCUCAGGCAUGUGGAAAACACCUGCUGAGAGGUUUUUCAUGUGGUUAGGUGGAUUUAGAUCAUCUGAGCUACUUAAGAUAUUGGGGAACCAUGUGGAUCCAUUGACUGAUCAGCAGUUGAUAGGCAUUUGCAACCUUCAACAGUCAUCUCAGCAAGCAGAAGAUGCAUUGUCACAAGGCAUGGAAGCUCUGCAACAAUCGCUUCUCGAGACUCUUUCCUCUGCUUCAAUGGGUCCAAACUCUUCAGCAAAUGUUGCAGACUAUAUGGGUCAUAUGGCUAUGGCCAUGGGAAAACUUGGCACUCUCGAAAACUUCCUUCGCCAGGCAGAUCUAUUAAGGCAACAAACUCUGCAACAGCUACAUAGAAUUCUCACCACACGGCAAGCUGCUCGCGCCUUUUUGGUCAUCCACGACUAUAUUUCUCGGCUUAGAGCACUUAGCUCACUAUGGUUAGCCCGACCUAGAGACUAGAGAAGCCUGUCAUGAGUCACCAAAGGAAAAGCAUAGUUCUGGUCUUAGUUUUUUCACAGUAAUAUAUUUUUAACUAAAAGACCAAAAGCUCUCUUCCUCUUUAGCAUCUUAGAUCAUCUGUUUAUUUAGUCGGUAGUGAAACGUUACUAUUCAGAAUCAAUCAAUCAACGUUUUUUGUCUUUUUUUUA